AUGGCCCUCACACCCCCCGAAUCCUACGAACUGGAACAAUCCCACGACCCUUUGAUGACCCGCGAUUCUUCCGACCACGACUCCCUCACUUCUGACAUUGACGACUUUGACCCCUUGGACGACCAUGAGAAGAGCUAUAGAGAUGACGCUUCACAGCCAUUACAACGCCCGCGGCGAAAGGGACGGUGGCGCAAAUGGCUCAUUCCCUCUCGCUUCUGCUGCAUCCUCAUCGCCCUCUUCUUCACAACCCUCUUCCUUCUGCUUAGUGUCGGCGGCUUUUGGGUCUACACCGCCUCUGUUCCCAGUUAUGGAGAAUCCCCUCCCUGGUAUCCUUCCCCGCAAGGCGGCACGGUUUCAACGUGGAAAGAUGCGUACGAAAAGGCUGCUGCAUUGGUGGGGCAGAUGACGCUGGUGGAGAAGGUGAACAUCACCACGGGCACCGGCUGGAGUAUGGGAAUGUGCGUGGGAAAUACAGGUCCCGUCGAGCGGCUCGGCUUCCCCAGUCUGUGUCUGCAAGAUGGCCCUCUCGGGCUGCGCUUUGUGGACAAUGCCACGGCCUGGCCCGCGGGCAUUACCGUUGGGGCGACGUGGAGUAAACCUUUGAUGUUCCUCAGAGGCAAGGCACACGGGUUUGAGGCCAAGAAGAAGGGCAUCAACGUACUUCUCGGCCCCUCGAUGGGCCCUAUCGGCCGCUUGCCUGCAGGUGGUAGGAACUGGGAAGGCUUCGGAUCGGAUCCUGUCUUGCAGGGAAUCUCGGCCGCUCAGACGAUCAAAGGUAUCCAAAACGUGGGCGUGAUGGCCACGGCGAAGCACUUUGUCGGGAACGAGCAGGAACAUUUCCGGCAAGCGUGGGAAUGGAAUACCCCUAAUGCCAUUUCUUCCAACAUCGAUGACCGAACACUCCAUGAACUUUACGCCUGGCCAUUCGCGGAGGCCGUCAGGGCUGGUGUGGCGAGUGUCAUGUGCAGCUACAAUCAAGUCAACAACUCAUACGCGUGCCAAAACAGUAAACUCCUCAAUGGAAUACUCAAGGACGAACUGGGCUUCCAAGGCUUCGUCAUGAGCGACUGGGUUGCUCAAAGGUCCGGAGUGGCGUCUGCUCUUGCCGGACUGGAUAUGACUAUGCCCGGCGAUGGCCUUCAUCAUCAGGAUGGGAACAGCCUGUGGGGCACAGAGUUGACCAAAGCCGUCUUGAAUUCCAGCGUGCCCAUGCAGAGACUCAAUGACAUGACGAUGCGCGUGGUGGCUGCGUGGUACCAGACUCAGCAGGACUCGCACAGCCAAUGGCCUCCGGUGUCCGCAGGAGGUGGGCCAACUUUCAGCAGCUGGACGAAUGAGAAGGUUGGCAAUCUACAUCCCGGCAGCCCGGACAGCAGCGACACAGGCAUCGUGAACAAGUUCGUCCCCGUGCGUAAUACACCCGAGGAUGGGGACCAUGACGCACUAGCUCGACGGAUUGCUACCGAAGGCAUCGUAAUGGUCAAGAAUACGGAUGGCUUCCUUCCCGUUUCGAAAACUGGGAGUGGGUUGACUUCCAAGGACGGCUAUGGCAUUGUCAAAGUUGGUAUCUUUGGCGAGGACGCAUAUCCGAACCCGGACGGAAUCAACAACUGCGUCGAUCGAGCCUGCAACGUAGGCACCUUGACCAUGGGCUGGGGUAGUGGAGCCGUGGAGCUCCCGUAUCUGUCGCCGCCAGCCUUUACGCUGCGACGAAUCAUGGAGGAGGACAAGUACAACAUCACAGAUUGGGCGGACAACCACAAGCCCGGUAUCGAGCAGGCGGCAAAGGAGCAGGAUGUCUGCUUCGUCUUCAUCAGCUCCGACGCCGGAGAGGGCUAUCUGGGCUGGGAGGAUGUGAAGGGCGAUCGCAACGAGCUGUACGCGCAGAAAGGCGGCGACGAGAUGGUGAGGCGAGUGGCAUCGAACUGUGAGAAGACGGUCGUUGUCUUGCAUACCGUCGGUCCGACAAUUUUGGAGCGCUGGAUUGACCUGCCUGGCGUCAAAGCCGUCUUGAUCGCACACUUACCAGGCCAAGAAGCAGGUCAAGCGAUUGUCGACGUGAUCUUUGGCGAGGCCAAUCCCUCUGGGAGGUUGCCGUACACGAUUGCGAAGAAGCCCGAGGAUUACGGCCCUACGAGCGAAGUGAUGUACUUGCCCAACGCCGUCGUGCCACAACAGAACUUUACCGAGGGCUUGUACAUCGACUAUCGGUAUUUCGACAAGCACGACAUUGACCCGCGCUACGAGUUUGGCUAUGGGCUCUCCUAUGGCGGGUUCAAACUGAACAGUCUCAUGGUGCAUCCCCUUGGCAGUGCUAACCACGAAGCCCUGCCACGACCGGAUGCGCUGAAGCCACCGCAGCUGGACACCACAAUCCCCUCCGUUGACUCUGCUCUUUGGCCCCAAGGGAUGCGCAAACUGAAGAAGUACAUCUACCCCUACAUCGACAGUGUAUCGGACAUCAAACACGGCAAAUACCCUUACCCAAACGGCUACGACACUCCCCAAGCCGUGUCCAAGGCUGGUGGUGGCGAGGGCGGCAAUCACGAUCUCUUUAAUACCGCCGUCAACGUUCGCGCGGAACUCACCAAUCUCGGCACCAUGGACGGCUUCUGCGUCGUGCAGCUCUACCUCGAGUUCCCGCCCAACAUCGUCGACGCUGACGGCGAGCCGGUGGACAUGCCCGUGCGCGUGCUCCGCAACUUUGACAAGAUCUGGACCGAGGGCAGCCACAAGCGGACGCGAAUCAGCAUGGAUCUGACGCGGAAGGAUCUGAGUUACUGGGAUGUCAAGCGGCAGACGUGGAUCAUGCCCGACGGCGAGUUCCGCGUGCACUUGGGCUUUUCGUCGAGGGAUCUGCCGUUGAGCAUGCCCGGCAUGAUUGUCAUCUAA